AUAACUUUUGAAGUUAGUGUGCGCCUUCUCGGAGGACUGAUGGCAUUGGGAUAUACAAUUGCUAACAUCCUGAAAAGAAGCAGCCAUAUCUUCUGUGACGAUAGAGUUUGUGUUAAAACUGAUUGGUUGGAGCAACUUAAUCGUCAAUAUGUUCAGGUGCAAGGGAAAGAUCGGCUAUACGUUAAAUUUGUUGCAGAGCAGCUGGGCCUGGAUGGUUCAUAUGUUCCUCGUACUUAUAUUGAACAGAUUCAGCUGGAGAAACUUGUAAAUGAUGUUAUGGCACUGCCAGAUGAUUUAAAGACAAAACUCAGCAUAGAUGAUGAUUUUGCUGCAAGCCCUAAAGAAGCUCUUUCCCGAGCAUCAGCAAAUAGAAGAAUGAAGCAUCUUGGCCGAGGUGUGUCACAAUCAUAUUCAAAUCAGAGAGACAAGACUAUGGCCAAGCUAACUAAACUUGCUAUUAACCACAGAAGUUUUGAUGGAAGGGCCCCAGAUUCACCUGCACCACUUUCAAACCAGGGAAUUAUAACUCAACUUUCUGAACAAAUUUCUACUCUAAACGAAAGGAUGGAUGAAUUUACAUCUCGCAUUGAAGAAUUGAACUCCAAAUUCUCUGUCCAGAAAGUCUCAGCCAGCCAACAAAACUUGGCUAUGCAGGCUGAAACCUGCAAUGGUUCGAGACCCACUUCUCUUUUUGUCAUCGGAUUAAGUAAUAGUUCUUUGACUGGUUCGUUGCUGCCCAAUUCUUCAUCUUCUUCUCAAUUGGCUAAGGAGUCCCCACUAAUGGAAGAGGUGAUGAGUUUGACUGCUGAAGAUGACGCUUUAGUAGGAACUGCCGUCUUAUUUAUUACAGUAGAUGACGCUUGCACAGAAAUUGUCGUCUCAUGUACCACAAGAGACAACGUUUGUAUAGGACCAAUCAUCUCAUUUACGACAGGAGAUGACACUUUUAUUUCAACUGUCGUUUUAUGCUUUACAUGGCAUGACAUUGCAUGGGAUGACGAUAUUAAAACCGACGUAUGA